AUGAGGAAAGAAAAAGCAUGUGAAAACCACGUAUCGACAGCAGGUAUUGUUGGAAGGAAGCGAUCUCUGAGUGGCCAUAGGUCUUAUGCACCAUGCUCAGGUUGUUGCAAAGGAGAUCUCUGUAAUAUCAACUGUAACGCCACCUUUACGUCCGGAACAAUCAUCAACAUAGGAACUACUAGCGCACCGGCUCAUGUGACAGAAAUACCUGGCAAUUACGCAUUCUACGCACAUCUUACCUCAUCAACAAAAAAUGAUUACGUUAUAUCUAACAACAUUACAAGUAAUAAAGGCUUAGCUUACAGUGGCAGCACGGGGAUCUUUACUUGUAAAUACAGUGGGCCGUUUGUCUUUUCGUGGACCAUAGCUACAAGUAAUCAGCGCUACACAGGAGCAGAUCUUCUAAUUAACGAUAUCGCAAUCGGUUCCUCCUUCACAGACUCUCGCGGAAGCAGCAUUACUGGCGACUCAAGCACGCGAUUUGUUGGGUUUGUAACCCAUGACCUGCAGUUUUGGGACAAGGUCAGAGUCAAGGUCAAUGGUACCGCUGACGCAAUGUUGUCCACUUUCUCUGGCUGGCUACUUAAUUACAAUGAUUCGUACUUCUAUGCUAGAGCCUUGACUUCAUUGACUAGACCCACCUCCCCUUCAUACGGCUUUAAAUUCCAAGAUGUAAUUUCCAACAAUGGCCACGUGUACAAUUCCGAACACGGCACGUUUGUCUGCCCAGAGUCAGGCUUGUAUGCUUUUGCUUUGUCCUUGGAGGCACAUCAUCGGGAUUUCAUGGUUUACUUUUACCGUAAUGACAAGAAGUUCAAGCCCUACAAGGACACUUCUUCCACCUUACAACUUUUCCACCUGACCCGCGGGGACAGAGUGUAUCUUUAUCCACCUGAUUCUGAUAGCACUAUAGAACCUAUGGAUGGCGCAUUGGGUCACCGAGUUCCUGCUCAGCUUUUAUGGCGAUGGCCCAUUUCUCCUCAUCCACCUCUCCCCUCUACUUCAGCACAGAGUAUCUGGAUACAUCCAGCUUGUUCUUCUACAAUAGAUUUCAAGCUAACAAAGAUGGUGUUUAUUUAUUCUUCUGGAAUAUGGAAGCUGGUGAUAGACACCUUAAGUCCUGGCUGCAAGUUAAUAAUGGAACUGUCGGACAAACGAUCUCUGAUGGACGAAAUGCAGGCUAGGAUUGCGGUUCCAAUCUCGUCAUUUUACGCCUGCACGCGAACGACAUCGUCACUGUUAUACAGGAUUCAAGAGCUGUCGGAGACCAGACCAUGA